AUGCAGUUCAAGCACGCUGUUGCUUCGCUGGCUCUUGCCAGUAUUGGUGGUGUCGACGCUUUCUUCCGUAUCAACUGUGCCAAGAUUCAAGUCGGACGUAUUGAUCCUAUUGUCAACCCUGGUGCUUUGGCAGCACAUUGUCAUACAAUCUCUGGUGGGUCGAGUGAGUGUUGUCCACAAACAUAUGUUGAGUCCGCCAAAUGCUAA